AGACACUGUGAAUAGAGGUGUGAUACAUUCUGGAGAUAAACUUUCUUUAAAAGACUGAUAAUUGAGUGUUGUGAUACUCAUCACUGUGUGUUUUAAUGUUAUCUUGCAGGACUCCAGCUACUUGAUAUCCUGCCAAAGUUAAGGGAACAGGAGGAUGACGACUUGAUUAUUCAAUGUGAAGCUUUUGAAGAGGCAAUGGCCGAAGAUGAGGAGGAGCUGCUGCGGAUCUACGGGGGCAUUAACAUGAGUGAUCACCUGGAGGUUUUCACUGCGCUCUUUCACAAGAUGAGUAGCUCUCCAGCCUCCCUCCAGCUGCUGUCCAUCCUGCAGACGUUGCUGGUGCUGGGGCCAGGCCGCUCUGAUAUCUGGCUGGCUCUGGAGGCCAUCACUAACCGAGCCGUACUGCUAGCCCAGGACUCUCAGAUGGAGUCAAGUGAGAAGAUCAUGCAGCGGCUGACGUUCUCCAAGGGCAAGAGCUGUGACGGUCGCGAUGAAGUGGACAGCCGGCUGGUGAGAGUGGAUAAGGCCGUGCAGACCGAUCUGGAUGAUCAGGAUAAAGAGAAGUCGGACAAAAGCAUAACAUCUUCUCAGAAGCCACCGUGUGCCUCUCCUCCACCUCCCCCUCCACCCCCACCUCCUCCUCCACCACUGCCUGCAGGAUUUGGUGGACCCCCUCCACCUCCACCACCUCCACCUCCUCCGCCGCUGCCUGGAGGAUUCGGUGGACCCCCACCACCUCCUCCUCCUCCGCCGCUACCCGGAGGGUUCGGUGGACCCCCACCACCUCCUCCUCCUCCGCCGCUACCCGGAGGGUUCGGUGGACCCCCACCACCUCCUCCUCCUCCGCCGCUACCCGGAGGGUUCGGUGGACCCCCACCACCACCUCCCUUACCUGGCAUGCCACCUCCACCACCUCCUCCACCAGGCAUGAUAAUGGCUCAGAGUAGCCAGGCCCUGGGGUGCGCUGCACCCACAAAGGUUUACCGAUGCCCCACCCUGAGGAUGAAAAAGCUCAACUGGCAGAAACUCCGCUCUGUUACUGAUGGUCCCUCCAUGUGGGCCUCGGUUCAGAAAGAGCCUUCUCCUCGGGAGCCGAACUACAGCAGCAUCGAGCAGCUGUUCUGUCUCCCGGUGGCCGAGCACAAAGACAAGGGGGCAGCUGCUCCUGUCAAGAAGGAGGCUAAAGAGAUUACAUUCAUUGAUCCAAAGAAAAACUUAAAUUUGAACAUAUUCCUAAAGCAGUUUAAAUGCAAAAAUGAGGACUUUGUAGCCAUGAUUCAGAACGGGGACCGUACUAGGUUUGAUGUAGAGGUUCUAAAACAGCUUAUAAAGCUCCUACCAGAGAAGCAUGAGAUUGAAAAUUUGAAGUCCUUCCAAGGAGAAAAAGACAAGUUGGCAAAUGUUGACCGCUUCUACACCUCCCUUCUCUCGGUGUCAUCUUAUCAGUUGAGGAUUGAUUGCAUGUUGCUGUGUGAGGAGACGUCAUCGGUGUUGGACAUGCUCAAACCUAGAGUCAAGCUGGUGGAGGAGGCCUGCCAGGCUCUCAAAACGAGCACGCUUAUGCCCAGCUUCUGCAGGCUCAUCCUCGACGUUGGGAAUUUUCUCAACUACGGAAGUCACACGGGGAACGCCGAGGGGUUCAAGAUAAGCUCUCUGCUCAAGCUUGUGGAAACCAAGGCCAACAAGAGCCGCAUCACGCUGCUUCAUCAUAUCCUGGAGGAAGCAGAGGCGCACCACCCGGAGCUGUUGGCGCUGCCAGAUGAUAUAGAGAUCUGUGAAAAAGCAGCAGGAGUUAAUCUGGAUUCUGCUCAGUCAGAAGCCAGUGCCUUACUAAAACGACUGAAUGAAGCGGCCAAGAAGGUCUCCAACUCUGCCGAAGAGGUGAAGGAGCAGUACGCAAAAGUUCUUCAGGAAAGUCUGGAGGCGUGUCAAGCUUUAAGUGAGAGAUUCACUGUGACUGAGGAGACGAAGAAAGAGCUGGCUGUCUACUUGUGUGAAGACGCCAAUCAGCUGUCGCUUGAGGAACUCUUCAAUACCAUCAGGACUUUCCGAGGACUUUUCAUCAAGUCGCUGAAGGAAAACAAAACCAGAAGAGAGCUGGCGGCCAAGGCCGAGAAGAGGAAGAAGCAGCUGGCAGAGGAGGAGUCCAAGAGACAGAAGGGAGAGAAUGGAAAAAUCAUCAAAAAAGGCUUUGUGCCGAAAGACGACGGCUGCAUCAUCGACCAUCUCCUGGCGGAUAUCAGGAAAGGUUUCAGCCUCAGAAAGACCAGGCCAAGGUGCGAUUCGGAAAGCCUCCCUUCUAGUGAAAUGCGUAGGGAUACCUGCCCGUCUGGAUCAAGUGCGAUGCCUGUAAACGGAAAAGCCGUAGAAAUAGCCGCCUUUUCCGCUCCCACCAAACCUCAAACAGAGGGUCCCCAGGCCACCGCAGGCGAAAUGAACGGCUUCAUCAGCCCGUCAGAAGAGACUCCGCCAGCGUCGCAGACUGCAGUUCAAGACGGUCCAGCUGUACCUCCCAAGGCACCCCCAGGAGAAACAGCCAUGACAACACAGGCACCCUCGGAAAGGCCUGCGUCGCUGCAGGAUGGGCAACACCCCCGGCAACCUGCAGUAUCUUCACUAGAUACGACACAACCUCGACCUCAGGUUGAAGCGGAACAUCAACCGUGCCUCCCCACAAACGGCUUUUCAUUGGAUUCAACUGAGACCAGCGCCUUCAGCCCAUCUUCCCUCUCAGAUUUUGACCUGCUAGAGGCUGCGUUAGAUGACACUUCCAGCCCGACAUCUGAGAAGCUGACGCCUGAGGAGCCAGCGGACAUUAGCGUGAAUGUUCAGAUAGUGGAAAGUCCUUUACCUAACACAGACAAUGUGACUCAGAGUAGUGGAAGCAGUUUAACGGGAGAUGGGAAAGGUGAAACUAGUAAUAAAACAAGCCAUUUAGCAAAGACUGUUGGACAAGAGAGCCAAGAAGCGAAGAAAUGCAUUAUUGUAAAAACGUCCGUGACUACAGUCAGUGAGGGCAUCAAGGGGUGCGAUGUCCCAGACGGACUGGAACCAGAAGAUCUGCCAUCAGUGUCUGAAGAUGUGCCUCCAUCCCAUAAGCCCGAGCUAAAGAAACAGCCGAGCCUCUUUAAACGAAACAGAAAGAAGAGUACUCAAGGUAACCUACCCAUUCACUUCAAUAAAGAUCAUGUUUGGAAUGCUAGUUGCUUGAUUAAAGGGAAAUCAUUAGUUGUUGUUUUUACUGCGUUUAACAUUUUAUAUUUUAUGUACGGGCUAUUUUAGUGUGUAAGUAUUUUGCAUGACAUGCAUUUUAUUAAAGAGCAUGGAUGCAGUGUGCAACGCUUGAUUUGCAGAUUUCAUAUUGAAUGGAUUUGAAUCUAUGGACAGUUUUGUUUGAACGCUCUGUUUUCCUCUGAAACACAAGGUAACAAUGGGAAAGGACACACUAAACAUAAAAAAGGCUGUGUGUUGCAGUGAGGUAGGUCAAGUCGAUGGGAUGGCAAACUGUAAGCAGGAACAUCAUCCUAAUAAACUCAAUCACCGUCGAAGCUUUGUCCCGAAUAACACGUCAUUUGUUGGUCUAACUGGAAUCUGGAUUUCAUUUGUCUCUGUUGUCCAGCUUCUAACACUCGCUCUAUCUCUUUAACACUCUUCUAAUUCAGUUAAUAUCAGGCCAAAAUCUUUAACACCAUUUGACCAAACGCACAUGUGUCUUGCGGUGAUUCUAAUGUCCAUCAAACCCUGGAGAGAACUAACCCUAAAUGUGCCAUUAUGUGCAGCAAUUAAUCCUCUUUUAAUCAGUUAUGUAUUUAUAAUCUAACAUCAGUGUUCUGAUCUCAAACAGCCUUGCAGUUUGUGAAGUCAUUGUGAAGUCAUCGUGGACUGAGUUAUUUCAUGAAAGCCGCCACUUUUGUGUCUCUUCUUCCAUAUUUUUUUGUCCAUUCCCCCCAAAUCUGCAACUGGGACUGUUCAGCCUACUAACGCAGUCUGGUGUGCUUCCUGUAAACUGUGCUUUGUUAAUCUGAUUAUGAUUGAAAGAUGCUGUAUGUAAAUGUAUUAAAAAUGUUUUUACACUUAAAAAAAAACAACUUUUAAAGCAGAUCUAGCCCAACAAUCAUGUGAAUAAAUUUCACAAUGUUAGGUGCAUUUGAGCCAAUAUUUUUAUCCUGAUGUAAAUAUAAAAACGUUAAAAGAUAUUAAAGUAUUUUAUUUAAAUAUAUUUUUGAUUCCAUCUAUUCAUUUUAG